CGAUGGGUUUCUUAAAGAACCUUCAUUAAAAAUGUUUUCAGCAUUUUGGUUGUUGCUUUUCGUUUCCUUUGUGUAUACGGAAAAAUCUUCAGCUGGCGAUGAGGAUAUAUUCUCUUAUGUUAUAGAAACCGACGAUUCAUUUCAUGGAGACGAACGAGUCGGGAUGAGUGGACAGCAUACAGGCCCUAUGACAGAGAUUUUCGAUUAUGGUUCACACUCGGAUGAAGCCUUCGAUUCAAAGAACUCAGUACCUAGCAGUCGACCGACAACGGCUGCUCCGACGACUGAAGCCACUAUUAUAUCGAUGACCGCUAAGCCACGUGUAACCGAGAAUGUGGGAAGUUCUGAACCUAGAACUGGUCGACAGGACACUUAUAGUCGUGUGACCGACAUUUUGAAUCGAAUCAAUUUGAACGGAGUGCAGUCGGAAUUGCUCUCGGAUGCUAAUAUAUAUUUGAGUACCUUUAAAAAUAAUGUGAUUUUCCAAGCAAGUCAAGUGGAUGACUUCUCGAAGAUCCAUGGAUGUUUCUACAAUGCAGGACCAACUGCUGACGAGUCACGCAACUAUAUGAUUAUGGAAUUCGAUAACUGCAGGAAAACAUGUAGCGUUAAUGCUUUAACACGUUAUAAGAAUAGUCUGGAGUACUUGGAAAAUCUUAUCCAUAGCUGUAUUGGAUCACGGAUUGUAAAAUAACAAUCCUAAAAAUUAUAAAAACAAAAGAAUAUAUCUAUUCCCAACUUAACCAAAAUAGAAAUAAAUAAACAAAUAGAUGUGCAAAAAA